AUGUUACACCUGCGUGAGCGUGCAGCAAUUGCUAAUGUCACUGGAGUCGUGAGCGUCUUGUACUCUGCUCGAAGUGUUAUAAAGCGAGCGGGAAGUUUCCCAGAUGUCGGUCAUGACCCCAAGUAUCGUGCUGUGCUCCUCGAUCUCAUAGUCAAGAUGUUCCUCGCUCUGGGGACCGCACUCGCAUUGUAUCUUGGGUAUAUACUCGCAUCAGCUAUAAGGAACAUCUACUUCCACCCACUCCGCGACAUCCCCGGCCCCAAAUCAUGGAUCGCCUUCCCCCUCCUCCAGCAUCUCUCCGCCAUCCGGGGACGACUCGACCUCGACAUGCACCACUGGCACAUCAAGUACGGCGCGGCAGUCCGGUUCGACCCGACCUCCGUCUCCUUCAUCACCGCAGACGCCUGGCGUGAUAUCUACGGCCACGGCCACAAGCAGCUUCCCAAAGUUCUCAACUCCGGCAGCAACACCCAGGACAUCAUCAGCGCGAACGAUGCGGAUCACACGCGUCACCGCAAGGCGCUCGCACAUGCUUUCUCGGCCAAGGGGCUGCAGGCCCAGGAGCCCAUUGUCACCGGGUAUGUGGACCAACUGAUCGCGCGGCUGAGGGACGUCGCCGCAUCUGGACUGCCAGCAGACAUGGUCAAGUGGUAUACCCUGACGACGUUCGAUCUGAUCGGUGACCUGGCCUUCGGGGAGCCGUUUGGGGGGCUCGAGAGCUCGGAGUAUCACCGCUGGGUAGCGGCGGUGUUUGGCUUUAUACGGGUGAUCCCGUUCCUCAAGGGGAUGGAUGAGUAUUCCGUGUUGUUCCGGGUGAUAUUGAGUUUCCUGCCGCGGUCGUUUCUGCAGAUGCGCACGGACCAGGUGGAGCAUACGAAGCGGACGGUGCAGAAACGGCUGCGGACGCGGCGCCAUGAUCGCAGCGACUUUAUGGACUCGAUGCUUCGGCAUCGCGGUGAUAAAGACGGGCUGAGUGAGGAGGAGCUCGUGGCGAAUGCGAACAUUCUGAUUAUUGCUGGCAGCGAGACCACGGCGACGCUGCUGUCGGGAGUCACGUACUGGCUGCUCCAGACACCGGCCGCAAUGGAGAGGGUCACUAGGGAGGUCCGAACCACGUUCGCCUCCGAGGCAGAGAUCACGUUCAACAAUGUCACGGCUCAGCUGCCGUACAUGCUCGCAUGUAUCAGCGAGGCCUUUCGACUGUAUCCUCCGGUGCCUGGCGGUCUCCAGCGAUGGACUGAAACCCCCACCCGCAUCUCCGGGUACGAGAUCCCAGGGCGGACUAAGGUAUCCGUCCAUCAGGCCGGCGCAUACUGGUCCUCGCGCAACUUCCACCAACCGGACAGUUUCAUCCCCGACCGCUGGCUGCCAGAAGCCAAGGACGACCCGGCGUCGUCGUUCUUCUCCGACCAGCGCGACGUGCUGCAGCCCUUUUCAGUUGGCCCGCGGAACUGCAUCGGGAAGAAUCUGGCGUAUACCGAGAUGCGGGUGAUUCUAGCGCGGGUGCUCUAUAACUUCGAUCUGCAGCUCUGCGAGGAGAGCCGCGACUGGAAGGACCAGAAGACGUUUGUUUUGUGGGAGAAGAAGCCGUUGAUGUGCAGACUUACUGCGAGGAGGGAGUAG